CCCGAAUACGGGUUCGAGAACUGAGCACCAAACUUGCCUACUGCUUGCGUCAGGAAAGCCUCAAAUCCCUAAAUACCCAAAACCCCUGAUUCUGAUCUUACCCCCCGUUCCUUUUCUUCCAGAUCCUGCCAUAUUCAGUCGCGGUAGCCCCGACAUCACAUGAUUGUGUCGCAGUAACGCGUAAUUUUGCGGCAACCCAAUAAUAAAGCUCCGAUUUUUGUUGCGCAAUCGAUAAUGGAUAUGGAUGGGGGAAGGCGGGUUUUCCACAGGCUGGGGCCGUCGUCUUCGGCCGACAACAGCAACAACAGUAAUAAUAAGCAGCAGAAGGUGUGUUUCCAUUGGAGGCAAGGGAAGUGCACAAGAUUCCCUUGCCCUUUCUUGCACAGCGAAUUACCGACUGCGGCCAAUGGAAAGAGGCCGCAUCAGGGGUUCGGUGCGGAGGAGAAUCAUCGUGGAGGCGGCGGCGGAUUGAGGAGGAGUUAUAAUUUUAGUAAUAAUACUAAUAAUCAUUCAUGGGAAAGGGGGCAAUCGGCGCAGUCUGGGAGUACCAGUAGGAGUUAUGUCAAGAAGAUUGAGAAAUUGUGUAAUCAUUGGCUACAAUCGAACUGUAAAUUUGGGGAUAAUUGCAAAUACUUGCAUCAGUGGUCUACGGGAGGUUGCUUUUCGCUGUUGGCACCGCUCGAGGGACAUCAACAGGUUGUUACAGGGAUCGUCUUGCCCUCUGGGACUGAUAAGCUUUACACAGGAAGUCAGGAUGAGACUGUUAGAGUUUGGGAUUGCCAAUCUGGUCAGCUUGCAGGACUAAUCAAUACAGGAGGGUCAGUUGGAUGCAUGUUAAGUGAAGGUCCAUGGGUAUUUGUGGGUUUAACUAAUCUUGUCAAGGCAUGGAACAUUCAGACAUCUGCCGAGCUCAAUUUAAAUGGACCUGUUGGACAAGUAUAUUCUCUUGUUGUUGGCAAUGAAUUACUAUUUGCCGGCACACAGGAUGGAACAAUAUUGGCAUGGAAGUUCAACGUUGCUGCCAACAUCUUCGAACCAGCUGCAUCACUCAAGGGUCAUACUCUUGCUGUGGUGACACUAGUAGUUGGUGGUAACAGAAUGUACUCUGGUUCCAUGGACCACUCCAUAAAAGUGUGGAGCCUGGAAAAUUUGCAGUGUCUACAAACUUUAUCAGGGCAUACGGAUGUUGUGAUGUCAGUUUUGUGUUGGGAUCAGUUCCUUAUCUCAGCUUCAUUGGACAAAACCGUAAAGGUUUGGGCUGCAACCGAGACGGGUAACCUGGAGGUGACAUAUACACACACUGAAGACUACGGUAUACUUACUUUAUGCGGGAUGCACGAUUCAGACGCCAAACCCGUGCUUCUGUGCUCGUCCAACGACAACUGCAUACGAGCCUAUGAUUUGCCAUCAUUUUCGGAGAGAGGAAAGAUCCUUUCGAAGAAAGAAGUCCGUGCCAUACAGAUUGGUCCCGGAGGAUUGUUUUUCACUGGUGAUGGGUCUGGUCAAGUUAAAGUAUGGAAGUGGUCGGCCGAGCCAACGGCCAAAUAAAAGAGAAGCCUAUCAUGUUCGACGUAAUCCCCAGUCUAUCCUGUGUUUUCCCUUCGAGUGUACAAGUUUCUUAUUACAUCAAGAGGCAUGAGCGAGACCGUAAGUUUUGAUUUCUUUUCUCAUUCUUCCGCGUCUGCUGCCAUUCGAUGAGCUUGGUCGGGUGCUAGAGCAUUCGAGUGUACCUUCGUGUAAUGUGAUCAUAAUGGAUACUAAAUUAAAAGAAGUAUCUUGGACGUUAAAUGUACUCCAUUCGAUUUAGAGGCCCCCAAAACCGAGAUCGGUUGUUAUUGGUUACUUAAGGAGUAAAUAUACUGUGUGUUUAGUAAACUUUUUUGCCCUUGUAUUGGAUUUAUGCUUCUUUAUGUGUUGUUUCUUAUC